AUGUCGACGGGUGUCGACAAGCAACAGCCGCCAAGCAAACUCCUCGAUCUCGGUUCAGUCCCUCGCCAGCGAUCAAUCUCUCACAGCAACGGCUCCGCCUCUCCUAAUUCGGUCGAAUCCGGUCACGGACUAGGCACUGCUCGCCCCAAAAAAUCCAACAUGGCCCAGACUCAGCGAUCGCGGUAUUUGAAGACCGCUGCUAUUGUCGCUUUUGUGUUUAUGCUGCUUCUAUGGAUGUCGCCCUCGAAGCCUACAUACUCUCGCACUAGUUUUAGCACCGAACCACCGCCCUCCGGCGUCAGCACCUCCACCAAAUGCACAAAGCCCCAUGAUCCCUCCAAGCCUCUGAUUCAGUAUGCGCUCAUGAUCGAUGCCGGCAGCACGGGCUCUCGUAUUCACGUCUACCGGUUCAACAACUGCGGUUCCACCCCGGAAUUGGAGAACGAGGUUUUCGAGCAGACGAAGAAGGUGGAAGGUGGUAGCUCUGGUCUUAGCUCGUACAAGGAAGAUGCCGAGGGCGCUGCCCGCAGUCUGGAUCCCCUCAUGGAUGUUGCCGUGCAGAACGUUCCCGAAGAGUACAGGUCGUGUACGCCACUUGCUGUCAAGGCCACUGCCGGACUUCGUCUUCUCGGUCCAGCGAUGAGCGACAAUAUCCUCGAGGCUGUGCGACACCGCCUGGAGACGGUCUACCCAUUCCCCGUGGUGUCCAAGGAGAAGGGCGGCGUCGAGAUCAUGGAUGGCAAAGACGAGGGCGUCUAUGCCUGGAUCACGACCAACUAUCUUCUCGGCAAGAUCGGCGGCCCCGAUCAUACCCCGACGGCUGCCGUCUUUGAUCUGGGUGGUGGUUCCACUCAGAUCGUUUUCGAGCCGACCUUCGAGCAUAGUGCGUCGGGCGGUAUGCCGGAACGCCUUGCGGAAGGUGAUCACAAGUAUGACCUGCAGUUCGGCGGCCGCCACUUCGAGCUCUACCAGCACUCCCACCUUGGCUAUGGUCUGAUGUCGGCGCGGGAGGCUGUCCACAAGUCCCUCGUGGAGUCCAUGCUAGUCAAUAGCCCCAGCGACCUGUCGUGGCUGAAGCGGCCGAUCACCAAUCCGUGCAUUGGCCCCGCUAUGGAAAAGGAAGUGGAACUGAAGUACCCCGACGGUCACCCUACUUUUGGCACAAGUAUCAAGGUCAAGAUGGCCGGCGCGAAGGAGCACUCCACAGCCGCGCAGUGCCGCGGUCUGACUGAGAAGAUCCUGAAGAAGGACGCCGACUGCAAGCUGGCUCCAUGCUCAUUCAACGGUGUGCACCAGCCGUCCCUGGCGAAGACCUUCGCCCGCGAGGAUGUCUACGCCUUCUCGUACUUUUUCGACCGCACCGACCCGCUUGGCAUGCCUAGCUCAUUCACUGUGGAUGAGCUGCACGACCUGACUUCUACUGUCUGCGCCGGCGAGUCCAGCUGGAAGGUGUUUGAGGGUGUCGAAAAGGCGCUGGCGGAGCUCCAUGAUCGGCCUGAGUGGUGCUUGGAUCUCAACUUCAUGUUGGGUCUGCUACACACCGGAUACGAGAUGCCGCUGACUCGCGAGAUCAAGAUCGCCAAGAAAAUCAAGAACAACGAGCUGGGCUGGUGUCUUGGUGCGAGCUUGCCUCUCCUGAGCCAGGAAUCCGGCUGGACCUGUCGCGUCAAGGAGAUCUCGUAA